CGAUCGUCGCCUACUGUUUUCCAUUAUGGGAGAGGAGGUAUUGUUGGGUGACGACGAUUGUCUCCGUACUAAAAUGCGGCUUCGGGCCAUGAUGGAAAAGACCAAAAUGUAAGCGAAGAGUGGACGCGAAGAUACUGGUGACCUGUUGCUGCCUUCUCUUGCAGGUGUCCAUGGCUGAAAACAGAGUGCUUCCGUGGGGCACAAUGCAACUUCGCGCAUUUUGAAUCGGAGCUUCGGCCUCGCCCAGAAAUCCCCGUGAAUGACGUACAAAGGAAAGAUGCGGUGACUCACGAAACCUUUCCAAUGUGCAGGAGAGCUAUUUUGACAGCUAUGUCAAGGCCAACAAGCUGCGAAGGAGGGCCCUCAAGAGAGAAGGAAUGGAAAGAGCAGGUGGACCGAACAUGUCCCAACAAUUCCUUUUCUAUGUCCAACUCCAUGUUUGUUCUGUGACCACGCAAAAGCCUCAUGGAGUGCUGGCAGCACGAGCUCCUCUCCCAAACUCGGAGAGGGACUGCCGGGCCCCAUUUGUGGCACAGGAGAGGCAAGAUGUUUUCUCUUCUCUCACUUGCAGCAUCGCGGCAGGGUUCACAAGUUCAUUUCGGAUAUGGUAAUGAAGGAGCUCAAAGGAGCAGCUCCCGAUGCCUAUGAAGAGUGAGCGAAUUCUGAGCGCACGCCCUUCCUUUGGAAAGACAAGCGCAGUGAGUGAGGAAGCCUCUCUGCCCCAUCCGUUCAUUAAGCGCAUUAAGCGUCUUAGUUGAGCUUUCGUUCCUGCGAAGGCGACUGGGGGAGAUCCGUGUCCGUGUGUGUGUCCGGCUGCGCAGCUCUGGACCGACCUCCUCUGCUCUCUGUCUGCUAGGAUACCUUUCCUACUCUGUGAGGGUCGUGCCUCUGUGAGGGUCGUGCCUUGUGGGCGUCUGCGAGUGUACUGGCUGGCCGGCUGAGUGUGUGCGAAUACGUACAUUCUGUAAGGCCAUGGUCUAAUGUGCGCGCUGGAGUUUCCUCAGGGCCGUGUGCAUGCCCCGUCGCAUGCCCUAGGCGGCUAGCGAAGGCCUAGUCUCAUGUUUGUCCAUUCGCUUGGGUUUCAGGUCAACUGCUCCCGCAACACGCU